CUUGGGGGUCGCCGGCCUCCGCGCCCGCGGCCCCCGUGGGCCGGUCGCCCUCUCGCCCCGCUCCCCCCUCGUCAUGGCCGGAAGGGGACGUUUGAAGAAGGGGCGCACGUUUGAGUGUAGGAUACUGGAACAUCCGCCGGAGCAGGUACCCUAUUAGCCUGUGUUUGCACUCUCUUGAGAAGCGACUGGGAAAUCAAAGCUUAUUGUCAAAAGCUGAUACCCGCGGGCCGUAGUGACAUCCAUCCUUCGCUGUCAGUAGAAGUAUGACCCCGAGGGCUUCGGGGAGAUCCCUUGGGAGGAGUUCCUGGAGGCGCUGCGCCAGCCGGACUUCCUCGCCGAGGUGGACGCCAACAAGCGCGACAUCCUAGCCGAGCGGGCGCGCGAGCGCCGGACUACUGCCAUUACGUUCCAGGACUUCGUCAACGUGAUGAGCGGCAAGCGCAGCCGCAGCUUCAAAUGCGCCGUGCACCAGCGCGACCGCGAGGUGAGCAGCGAGAACGACUUCCACGUGCUGGCGCGGGAGCCGCCCGCCUUCCGCAAGAUGGUGCGCCUCAUCGCGGACGAGUUCCUCACGGAAGAGCGCGACCGCAAAUACUACGCCGACCACUACUCGUGCUGCCCGCCGCCGCUCUUCGUCGUCUUCGUCACGCUGCUCGAGCUGGGCUUCUUCACGUACUACACGGUGGCGACCGGCGAGAUGAACCCGUCGGGCCCCGUGCCCAUCGACAGCGUCUUCAUCUACAGGCCCGACAAGCGCCUCGAGGUGUGGCGCUUCGUCUUCUACAUGGUGCUACACGCGGGGUGGCUGCACCUGCUCUUCAACCUGCUGGUGCAGCUGCUGGUGGGGCUGCCGCUGGAGAUGGUGCACGGGUCGCUGCGCAUCGGCGCCGUCUACAUGGCCGGCGUGUUGGCAGCGUCGCCACCCCGCGGCCAGCACGCGUGCGCGCUCGACCGCCCACGCCUCUCGCGAGCGCUCGGGGCCGGACUCUCUCGCGACCGCGCGCCCGCCGUGCCCCCCGGGCUCGGAGGUGCACGGCUCUCGUCGGACCUCGCCGGAACGGCGGCCCAGCCCGGCACGCUGCCCGCAGAGCGCGACCCUCGCCGCAAGCCCUACUCCCCCACAAUGGUAGGACUUGGGCGGGAGGCCGCUCUCGAGGCGAUGUACCGCGGCUGGGUGGCGCUGUCCGUGGCGGCGGUUCGGCGACCAGCCCGAAUCCUGCCCGCGCCGGGAAGGCACGGUGUGAGCUGCGCGACGCGUUCGCCCGUCGCCCGAGGGCAAUGGGCGUGCCGGUGCAGCGCCGCCCGGCGCCCCCCCCCUGCCGCCGCGCCGCCCGCACGCCGAGGCGAGGAGGCGCCCGCCCGCUUGCCGGGCGCGGCGCGCGCGGGCGCGACUCGGAAAGCGGCGCCCCGGCGCCCGCCGGAUCCCCGCCGGCCGCCGCCGUAG